GGCAAAUUACAACUUUAUUCUGCCAGCUCAGCUAUUCUGUUAGAAUGAGAUUCCAAGGAAAUAUGAGGCAGUUGAGUGGUUGUUUUGCUGUGCGCUGAGAGUUGCCUGCUCGAGUGCUGAGGUGGAGACGUAGCUGUGUCUUCAACAGUCUGGAAUAAUUUUCUAAAGACUUCUGGGAGAGAAACAUCAGUUUUUCAAUUAAAUUAUGAUUACGACCUAUUGUAACUUUGUAAGGUAGCGGAGCUCACGAGUAAUUUCAGGCAUCGGCUUGCAUCAAAGGUCUCCAAACUAAGCGAACGAUGACUUGUUGUCAGGAAAAAGCUGCAAAACCGCCAGGCACGCGCGAUGGCCUUCUGCGCUGUUGUGGGCGAGGGUAGAGUGACAGAAUUUACCUUCACUGAUAAAAAGAAAAGAGUCAGUGACAGCCUCCUGUGCGAAAAUCGUGGCCACUGGUUGGGUAAGGGCUCUGAGGCCAACCCCUUCUCUUCUUACGUGCAAGCAGAACCAAAUCCUCGCUGCCCAUCCUCCUUCAGCUGCCUCUACCUCAAGCCCGACAACAAAAAAUAAUAAUGGUAAUAAUAAAAAAAAUGCCUGAGCUGAACUGGGCAAUCUUUGUUCUUCUCGCAUUCAUCCUCCUACCAGUCAAUCUUCGUGUGGGUAGGUGUACCAGCCGUUCUUCUCCAGACCCAGUUGUUCAACAGCAACUGGACAAGGUUCUUCACCUUCCGGGUCAAAAUUUUGAUGUCAGCUUCGACCAUUACUCUGGGUAUGUCACCGUCAAUGAGCACUUCGGGAGGGCACUCUUCUACUGGUUCAUUGAAGCCGCUGAAGGCCCCUCUUCUAAGCCACUUGUUCUUUGGCUCAAUGGAGGGCCUGGAUGUUCAUCCAUUGCUUACGGGGAGGCAGAAGAAAUAGGCCCUUUUCAUAUAAAGGAAGAUGGGAAAACACUUUAUUUGAACCCUUACUCUUGGAAUCAAGUUGCCAACAUUCUAUUUCUCGACUCGCCUGUUGGAGUUGGUUUUUCAUAUUCAAACACAUCCUUUGAUGUGCUGAAUAAUGGAGAUAAAAGGACUGCUGAAGACUCACUAGCAUUUUUAUUGAAGUGGUUUGAGCGUUUUCCCCAAUACAAAGGAAGAGACUUCUAUAUCACUGGAGAGAGUUAUGCAGGUCAUUAUGUUCCUCAGCUGAGCCAGGCAAUUGUAAGAUACAAUUUGGUAUCUGGGUAUAAACCAAUCAAUCUGAAGGGUUACAUGGUGGGAAAUGCUGUUAUGGAUAACUACCAUGAUCACUUAGGGCUUUCCCAGUUUAUAUGGUCAGCUGGUUUGAUUUCAGAUCAAACAUACAAGCUGCUGAAUGUACUUUGUUAUUCUCAGUCAUUUAUACACCCCUCAAAAUCAUGUGGUAAUUUGGACAUCGCUAAUGAAGAACUCGGUAAUAUUGAUCCAUAUAGCAUCUUCACUCCUCCCUGCACUGCCAAUGUUAGUUCAUCAAGUCAACUGCUGAAAAGAUGGCUUAUGGUUCGUCAUGUUAGUGAGAAUUAUGAUCCCUGCACUGAAAAGCAUUCUGUUGUAUAUUUCAAUCAACCGGCGGUUCAAAAGGCACUUCAUGUUAAUUUGGAACUUGCGCCAUCUAAAUGGGCAACCUGCAGUCAUGAAGUAGGUGAUAAUUGGAAGGAUUCUCCAAGGUCGGUGCUUGACAUUUAUCAUGAACUUAUAUAUUCUGGGCUUCGUAUCUGGAUAUUCAGUGGUGAUACAGAUGCCAUAAUUCCAGUUACAUCCACACGUUACAGCAUAGAUGCUCUUAAGCUUCCAACUCUCGGUCGUUGGCAUGCUUGGUAUGAUGAUGGACAGGUUGGAGGAUGGACACAGCAGUACAUAGGUCUCACAUUUGUGACAGUGAGGGGAGCAGGCCAUGAAGUGCCCCUGCAUAGACCAAAACAAGCUCUUGCACUCAUCAAAAACUUCUUAUCAGGAAAUUCAAUGCCGACCUUGGAACAAAUUCGUGAGUCGUAAACUUCUAUUUUGGGAGGGGAGUCUGCUGGAGGGAUGGAAUGUUGAUGGAGGUGGCACCUAGCAGGCCCCUUCAAGUUGGCAUUAAUCAUGAACACUGAAUUUGAACUGUCCUGAAUGAUAAAAGAAUAAUUGGAGUCCCUUUGGAACUUGGUAGCAUAUCCAAUGCAUCUAACUUGUCCUGGUUGAGGGGAUUGGUUCUUGCUGCCAUAACAUCUGCUCCCAUCUCCAGGCAUGAUAUUUUAUUUUCAAAAUUUUGCGUAGUCCUGGAGUAUCUGUUAUUCGCACUCCCACAUAAUGAACAUUUAAGUUUUGGAAUUA